GAGGGCAGAGAAUGAAGAUUAUAAUCAGGCGACUAGCGAAGGCAACUCCUUUCUUCGGAGGGUCCUUCGCGUCCCGGCGUGGUCUGGUUGUUAUGGAAACCAAACCUAGGCCUCGUUGCUAUGGAAACCUGAUGCCUAGCCGGUGCGGGGUGGGGAACGGGGAAAGCGGAGGUGGAUUUGGAGACGACUUCCGCAGAGCCAUAAACCGGUGUAAUAAAUAACCUCAGUUCCUCAUUAUCUGGGAGUGGUACCCAGGGUCGUUUUUCCACGUAGACCCGUGGAAUUCAUAGGUGCAGGAUGUGGACCAGUCCUUGGAAUGACGCAUCAGAAUUGUGGGAUGAGAUACCACCCCACCCAGAGCUAAAAGAGAUACGGAAAAUUCCCUGCACCUCAGGGCGCAGGGGCUUCCUCUGAGAACCCGAUGCUUUGCCAUAUUGAUAUGCUUCUGCAGUGCUCUUUGCUGUAAAAAUCAAGCAAAUAUUGCAAAGCUACUGUAAAUGUUUUGUUCUCGCUCUCCGAAGAAAGCAAAAACCCCUUGGUGCAUCUCCACUCCUGGAACCUUUGGCCGCUUGGGAAGUGGAAAGCAUAACUGUCAACUUUCAGAUUUGAAAAUAAGGGAUCAGCAGCCUCGAAAAUAAGGGAUCAACAGCCUCACCUGUCCCGGACAGUCUAUGGGAUAUCUAACAAUCCGGGAUAGCAGCGGGAAGCAGCGGGAAAUGGCGCUGGAAUAAGGGAAUUUCCCGCAAAAAAAGGGAAGGUUGACAGCUAUGGUGGGAACUGCAUAGCGAUAUUCGUGGAUUAGCAUUUAGUAGCAUAGCUUAAUUUCUCUGCACUUGGGUGCCCCCCAAUGCUUUGAUUCCCACGAGAUGUGUUUCUAGAGUUCUUCGGGAUAAGAGUUGUUUGUUUUUAAAAUGUCCCGUUGUUUCUAGAUAACCUGAGAUGGAGGGUGCGAUCGACUUCCGUGCUUUGGAGAAAGAGUUGGAAGAAGCUAUUGCCGCUGAUGAAAAGUACCAGAGAGAGAAUGAAGCCAAGUUCCGAGCAGUGCACCAGAAAGUGGCGACUUAUGAAGAAUUCAGGUUUCUCGAAUUCCAUUGUUCCCUUUAGUUGAUGUGAUGCAAGAGGCAGUACAGCUGUCCAGUGCUUUUUUUUCUAAAAAAAAUAUGUUUAAGGGUGCUCUCAUUUUUACUCAAGAAAAUCACCAUUUUAUAGCUCAAAUUGGGGGAAAUAAAUACAGUAAAUGGACAAAAGUACAAAGAUUCACAAAAUGUUUAGGGGUAUACGCAUACCCCUGAACAUUUUGUGAAUGCGUCCCCCCAGAAAAAAGCACUGCAGCUGUCUGUUUAUCCAUGAGGUCAACUGCUUGUGAAUUUAACCCAAUGAACAUGCAGUCACGUGGCAGGCUGCUGCAGAUUAUGCAUACUGCAAAAGUCAUGUGCAUUCAUUACUUAUAUGUGCCUUAUCAAAGAAAUACAACCAGUUCUCCCAACCUCACUCUUGACUUCUGGAUGUCUGAGAUAAAGAAGGCUGAUUGCAUUUUUAAAAGAUCUCUGAAAACACCCCAAAGAUAAAAUGGGGCAGUGAUGGAGCCUUAUCCUAUGACAUGUUUCUAUGUUGCAGUGUGCACCACAGUAAGCUACAGGCAGCAAAUAUUGUUAUAUCAGUAGCAGCCAGUGGCCACUCAAAGUUUCAGAUGUCCAGGGCCAUACAGUGCAUAGGUAGGGUAAAUGCAAUAAUAAUGUUCCUGUACUUUUAACAAUGACGUAUAUAGAGGAAAUUUCAGCAGAUACAUGUCUUCUCAUCUUUGCAACAUUAUACUAGCUGAGCUACAGCUGCUGAAUUUCCCUCCAAAUUGCAAUACAGUGGUACCUUGGGUUAAGUACUUAAUUCGUUCCGGAGGUCCAUUCUUAACCUGAAACUGUUCUUAACCUGAAGCACCACUUUAGCUAAUGGGGCCACCUGCUGCCGCCACGCUGCCGGAGCCUGAUUUCUGUUUUUAUCCUGAAGCAAAGUUCUUAACCUGAAGCACUAUUUCUGGGUUAGCGGAGUGUGUAACCUGAAGCGUAUGUAACCUGAAGCGUAUGUAACCCGAGGUACUACUGUAAUGCCCCUUUCUCUCCUGCUUGCAGGGAUAUUGUUUUAGCAUCACAUUUAAAGCCUCUGGAGAAAAAGGACAAGGUGGGGAAGAAGAGAAAUGUGUUGUGGAACUCCCAUGCAGUUAAAGCAAACUUGAAACAAGAGAGUGAGGUACAGCUGUCUCAGGUAAGAUUGCUCCUUUCCAGGAGUUUGGAGAGCCUUGGUUCCUUUUGAGCAAUACUUCUUAUUUUAUUAUCUACGUUUAUUUAUUUGCGACAUAACAAAGCAUAACAGCAAAUGCCUGAUAAAAUAAAAGUAGAAAGGGAUAUUGAAAACUAAACAUAUAGGAACAAUUUUCCUUACCAAAAUAAAUUAAUAUCACCAUUAAGGUCAGUUAAGGUCUUUCUCCAGUGGGGUGGAGAGUGGGCCAGGAUCCACUUGUGUUGGGAUCUGUGACAUUGUUCUCCUCCUCCAGGAGUUGGAACAGCUGCCCAAGACGUCUGCAGAAUUCUACAGAGAUUGGCGCAGAUGCAUGAAAAACAGCCAAGAACGCUACCAGCUCCUGCUCCAACUUGGAUCCCAAAACCUGGGCCAAAUCUUCCAAACAGACCUUGCUUUUGGUUUCCUAGGUGAAUUCCUAGCAGUGUUCAAUGAAAAUACCUGUCUCAAAGACCGGGACUCUGUCUUGGAGAUUUUGGAGAGUUUUUCAGAAACCAAACGCUUUGGAUUGAAUGUGGAACUCAUGAGUGAGCAAGAGAAGAAAAACUGUCGACAGUUGUUUGAGAAACUGCAAAGGAUGGGGACUGACCCUAGCAUUCCUCCUGACUUUUCACAUGCCACAGAGGGGGAAGGUGUGCCUGGUACCCAAAUCCAUUGCCAAGCAGAUGGACCAACUAAAAUAAAAUUGAUGGAACUGAUGCACCUUUACAAAGUCACCUAAAGGAAGCUAGAGCUUGUGUCACAAGCCACACCACAUAGGAAAAUAAUGGAGAAGAUACAGAGGAAAGGAACGUCCACUAAGAACAUCUUCUAUCAAUCCCCAUUAAGAUGAGUGGGAGAUCAUCAAGAGCACACAUGAAUUCUUGCACAUCUCCAGUUAAUCUCAGUACAACUUGUAUAGAAUAUAUAUUUGGAGGAUAGACCUGUUUACUGAGUUUUUAGAUGAGCUCUGCCUUCUCCAGCAAGGCAGAUAGUGCAUUGUCAAUAAAUAAUAUUUGUUGAUUGA